AUGGGUUCCUCACGUCGGCGUAGCAAAAUUGUGAGUGGCGCUCUAAGGCGAGCAGCUGCGUUGCUUGUAUUUCUUAUUGUGAACGCGUUACUUUACGAGAGUGGUGUUAAGGCCGGUAAGGGACCGGCUAUUACGAGUAAAGUUUAUUUCGAUAUUAAACAUGGAGAUGAAGAUCUCGGACGUAUAAUAAUUGGAUUAUACGGAAAGACUGUUCCUAAAACUGCCGAGAACUUUAGGGUGUUGACAACCGGUGAAAAAGAAGGGCUCGGAUAUAAAGGAUCGACGUUUCAUCGUGUUAUCAAGAAUUUUAUGAUCCAAGGAGGUGAUUUCACCAAUGGUGAUGGCACCGGAGGUGUAUCGAUCUAUGGCGAAAGAUUUGCCGAUGAGAAUUUCAAACUUCGACAUACUGGGCCUGGUACUUUGAGUAUGGCUAACGCUGGAUCUGAUACUAAUGGAUCACAAUUCUUCAUUUGCACCGUAAAAACAAGUUGGCUUGACGGUCGCCACGUAGUGUUCGGUCGAGUUCUCGAAGGCAUGGACAUCGUAACCAAAAUUGAAAAUGUCAAAACUGAUUCAGGCGAUCGUCCGAUCGAUGAUGUGGUGAUCGCGGAUAGUGGUGAACUUCCACUCGAGGAAAUAGAAGAAACUACAACUCCUGCUGAUAGUGAAAGUACAACUACUGUUGCUUCUGCCGCAGCCAAAGUAGAAGAAACUGCGACUCCUGCUGAUAGUGAAAGUGCAACUACUCCUGCUGCUGCCACUACAGCAUCAGUUUCAGUUGAAAAAACCGAAUCGAUUAGUGCCACCCCAGAGCCUGAACAAUCUGCUGAAGACAAUUACACGUCUGAUUCGGAUCCACUUGCACAAGACCAAACUGACGACACUUCAUCACCAUCGACCGGAAAUCAACAAAACCAUGAAUUCACAAACAUGAUUCGCGAUUCAGCCAGCUCCUUUUUCACUUCAUUGGUUAAUUGGUAUAUUAUCGCGGUCUUAGUGUUUGUGCUUGUUAUUGUUGCCGGGCCUUUGCGGAAAUAUAAGCAGGGGAUAUUGGAUGCGGUUGGUGUAAGUACCGAGGCCAUCAAAUCUGAGAAAAAGGAUUUGCCUUUGAAAUGGUGA